AUGUAUUGUGCGUACCCUGUGCCUGGAGUGGCCACUAAUUCUUUGAUGUACUAUUACAAUGGGAAAACGGUCUAUGCACCCUCUCCAAGUUCUGAUGACUUCAACAGAGAGUCUCCAAGCUAUCCAUCCCCUAAACCACCCAGCAGUAUGUUUGCUAGCACUUUCUUUCUUCAAGAUGGCAGUCAUAACUCCUCAGAGCUGUGGAAUUCCUCCAAUGGAAUUGGUCAGCCAGGCUAUGGUGGAAUGAUGGGCAGUUCAUCAUCUCACAUGCCACAGUCAAAUAACUAUGGCAGCCUACAUGACCGUUUGAACUAUCCACCACAUCCGGUUUCACCAACAGAUAUAAAUGCCAGUCUUCCUCCAAUGUCCAGCUUCCAUCGGGGUGGCACCACAAGCUCCUCUUAUGUGGCAUCUUCUCACACACCUCCUAUCAAUGGAACAGACAAUCUCAUGGGUACAGGAAGCAGAGGCAAUGCAGCUGGUAGCUCACAGACUGGAGAUGCACUUGGAAAAGCUCUGGCAUCUAUUUAUUCUCCAGAACACACCAGCAGUAGUUUCCCAUCAAAUCCUUCAACACCAGUUGGGUCACCAUCUCCUUUGCCGGGUGCCAACCAGUGGUCUAGACAAGGGGGGCAAACACCGUCAUCUCCAAGCUAUGAAAAUUCUCUCCACUCCCUGGUAAGUGGGUUUGUAUUGUUGUUUUAUGGAAAGUGUGCUCUUAAAGUUCUUACAUUUUUCAUAGCUGUCCGUUUCUUUAGGAAGUCAGCC